GGGGGAUGUUGACCAAGGUGAGAGAAACAUGCUACUAGUUGUCUUUAGUUUUGGUUCAAUAUUCAUAUGCUCUUUAUUGCUAUUAAAGCAGUGGGGGCAACCCAGGCUUGAAGAAACAACUAAUGAGAUGAUAAGCAGUAACUUGUAUUGAGUGAUUUUAGAACAUGAUUAAUGGAGGAUUCUUAUGGUGGGAUUCUUAACGGAAUAUAAGAACUCCUAUUAAUCAUGCUUUUAAAACUAGGGAUCAAGCCUUGUAAGAGUUUCCCCUGUUACAAAGUGACUUAAAAUUUGAGCCCAUGCUGAUGGCUAGAGCCCACAAUGGACUCUGCUCUUCUUAUUUGAGCCAGAAAGUUAGUUUGCAUGUUGCACUAAAUAAUGGAAGAGAGAGAGAAAGAUUUGAAUGUGUUUUGCUUCUGUCUGCUUAUUUCAUGGCAAAACAAAUCGAAUUGGCUGUGAAACGGUACCACCAACUCAGUUAGUUGACUUUAGGCUGUUUCAUUGUAUCCUUGUGAAUUUGUAAUUAAUGACACUCAUUUGCUCACCAAACCUGGUUGUCGUGUUUGUAUGAUCAUAUACUGAUUCGGUUGAUCUUUCUAUCCUGUUUCUAGAUGAACACACAAGUCAUCUUCAUUCAAUACUUGAUUCUACGUGAUCUCAUUGAUUAUUCUUAAACGAAAGAAAAGGAAGGAUUUGAUAUCUCUGUGUUUGCCCGUUUGUCGAUGAUCUUUGUGAUCUGAUGAUUAUUUUUGUUUAUAUGUAUCAAUAGGUUUUUCAUAUCGUGAGCUGAAAUAUGGAGAGAAUCUUGCAUGUGUCCCACUAAGAGAAAAGAAGUACAGAGUACAAGUUUACUUCAAUUAUUUUUAUAUAAAAAUAUAACAGAAUAGUUUCCUUGUCAGUUGUCACAUUGAAAAUUAGUGAAAGCUAUAUUCAACAUAUAUAUCGGGAACAAUGUGAAGUGAUAAUAGUUUUUAUAUUGAAGCUGAUUAAUGGUACAUUUGCCUGUAGCCGUUUUUAGAAUCUAAUGACAUGAACAAUGAGCAAGUUAACUGAAUAAACGGUGGUUGCUCCUUGAAUAUUUAUUUAUUGAUGAACUUAUUAAUCCAAUUAUUAAUAUCAAAUGGGAUUGGUUAUUGAUGGUUUUCCACAUUGAAGACAAGAUGCCUAAUUGUGAGGUUAGUCACAUGCUAAUUUGAUUUCAUAAAGGUAUUAUUACAAAAGAUAAUCAACUAUAACAGAAAUGCAUGUACACAUGAAUGCGUAAGAAAACAAGAUUCUCUUCACUAUUUCAUUUUUUUGGGACCCGAAAUGUUUAAAAUGAUACAUGAAUGCGCAUGCCUUAUCGUAACUCAUAGUUAAGGAGAGUUGUAUCAUUGUCACGGUCGUGUUAUAGUCCAAAUUUAGUGUAUGAGGGAAUUGUACAUUAAAUAUGGGUGAACUACUAUCAACAUACAUACAUGUAUCCCUACAUAUCUAAGUCACAUAAACAUUCAACCUCCAAAUCGUAUUAUUAUAGUCCAACAAUCACUUAAAUCAUCAUUACUCAUAAUCAUUGAUUACAAAUAAAUUAAGUGACCCACUUGAAGUAAUGAUGUACCAUCCUGUGUUACCCCCUAAACUCAAUACCCCUCCAAAUUGUUUAUUAUAAUCAGUAAUAAUUCUUUUCUUUUGUAAAUCUCAGGUCUACCACGACACUCAUUCAUAUAAAAGGCAACCUUUAGUAUGCUAUCAAACAUAAAAAAGAAGAGCCCAAAAAGAAGAAGAAGAAAAAUGGGGAAAGUAGUGUCAGAGAAGAUGAAGCUUGUGGUGGCAUUGAUCACACUUCAGUUCUGUUUUGCAGGCUUCCACAUUGUCUCAAGAGUUGCUCUUAACAUUGGUGUCAGCAAAGUUGUGUACCCUGUUUACAGGAACCUUCUUGCCCUUCUCCUUAUUGGUCCCUUCGCUUACUUCCUCGAAAAAAAGGAAAGGCCUCCACUCACUAUCUCUUUACUAGUUCAGUUUUUCCUCUUGGCACUCAUUGGAAUCACAGCAAACCAAGGAUUCUAUCUAUUGGGACUGUACUAUGCAACUCCAACGUUUGCUUCCGCAAUGCAGAACUCUGUUCCUGCCAUCACUUUUAUCAUGGCUUGUUCCCUAAGGUUAGAGAACAUAGACCUGGUAAGGAAACACGGUGUGGCCAAAGUAUUGGGAACCCUAGUCAGCAUCGGUGGAGCUACAGUGAUCACACUGUACAGAGGAUUUCCGAUCUUUCACAAGAGCCAUAACAUGCACGAGGAGGAGAGGGUGGAAACUAACUCAUCGUACAACUGGUCACUCGGAUGGUUAUACCUAAUGGGGCAUUGUCUGUCAUGGGCUGGUUGGAUGGUUCUUCAAGCUCCUGUUCUGAAGAAGUACCCAGCAAAGCUUACGUUAACAUCGUUCACUUGUUUCUUCGGUCUGGUUCAGUUCCUAGUCAUUUCUCUGUUUGUGGAAACUGAUCUCAAUAACUGGAUCAUCGUGUCUUGGGAAGAGCUCUUCACCAUCCUAUAUGCGGGAAUAAUAGCGUCAGGGUUGGUGGUUUAUCUUCAAACAUGGUGUAUCUACAAAGGCGGUCCUGUCUUUGUCGCAGUCUUUCAGCCUCUCCAGACACUUCUUGUAGCUGCAAUGGCGUUUAUUGUUCUUGGUGACCAGUUGUACUCUGGAAGGAUUGUUGGUGCAGUGUUCAUAAUGCUGGGACUCUACUUAGUUCUUUGGGGCAAAAACGAAGAAAGAAGACAGGUGCUUGAAGAGACUAGUCAACAAGAUCCAGAGUCUCUGACCAAACAUCUUCUUGAGGCACACGACAAGAAGACUAAUGCUGAAUCUGAAGUGUAAAAGUUUACACUAUGCAAUAUUUCUCUGUACAUACACACAUGAACUUGAUCAAAACACACAGGCUCCUCUAGUGGGUCUCUCAUACAAUGUAUAUUCUAGUUGUUUAUUUUUGAGUUGCAAUCAAAAACUGGGUUGCGCAAUAAAUCAAUGAAUAAAUGAAAAAUAUAUAAUUGAAUCAAGUCGACAAUGGAGAACCAAGUUGUCGUUUAAGUCAUGGUUUUGUCUGGUUGUUGACAGACCAAUGUGCUGGAGAAACUCAUGUUCAUGCAACUAUGUACAAUUAAGCUUCUAUACAACGAAUCUGUAACAUUUGUGACCAAGUCUGUGUCCCAGACAUUGAACUGAUUCUACUUCUAUUUUGAAAAUAUGACCAAAUCAUAAUCACCAAUCACCAUAAUAAGCAAAACGAGAAAUCUUGAUAUCAAGUCAAUAGAAAGAAAACAAAUAAACUUAGCACUAAACCACAAAGAAAACCACUUAGGUGAAAGAAAAGAGGGUCUAAGUUCAACAACCAUUACG